AUGAACAUUGAUUAUAUUAACACAUCUAAUACUAAUAGCAAUGUUCAAGAAAUUCUUUUUUCUGUCUCAAGUUCUGAUAUUAACCUAAUUGUAGAUGAAAUCGAAUCUACUAACUCUCAAACUACCAAAAAAAUCCAAGUUUUUUUAAAUACCAAAUCUGACCAAGAUAAAGGCCAAAUCGAUGAAAAUGAAGUUUAUGAGGAUGAUGAAGACUCAAAUUCUGAUUUCAAA